UCUAUCCUCUUCUUCUUCUUCCAAUACUUUAAUUCCUAACAUUUAACUCCAAAAACACAAACUAACCAAACCAAAACGCUUCUCUCCUCUCUCUCUCAUCCAUCUCUUCACUGCACACAGUAAUAAUGGCGUCUACUGGAAGAUCAAGCCGAUCAGUUCUUCGUCCUCUCUCUUCUUCCCAGAGAUUACACAAUCACCAUCGUCAACGAUCUCCUUCUCCUUGCAACAAUCUCAACCUCCGUUUAAAGUUCCCCAACAAACCCUCCUCCCCCGUCGUCGCUCUUUCUUCUAAUAACCAUCAUCAGAAGAGAAAGUGUUUGUGUUCUCCUACGACGCACCCUGGUUCGUUCCGGUGCGCUUUUCACCGCCGGUUAGAACACGAGAGAUCCAAAACCCUAGCUUCUUCGAACCGCGGUGAUGAUAAUAAUAAUAAUAAUACGAUGAGGGUUAGUGUUGGGUUGAAUCUGAGGAAGCUGGCGUUGAUUAAUUCGCUUGCCAAGAUUGGUAGUGUUGAGGCGGAGAGAUUUAGGACAUGUUUAGCGGCGAAUCUUGUUAAACCGUCGUCUUUUCAUGACAUUCGCCGUCCUGAGUUCCGUCCUCGUCUCAGUCGCUUCUACGAAUUGCAUAAAGAUCAAGAUUAACAAGGAGUUAGCUAGGUUUUCUUGAUUUCCUUUUAUUUUCUUGCGUACGAAGAAAUAUUUUUUUUUUAGGGUUUUCUUUGGGCGCAGUGUAUUGAUGAACUAAUUUUUGUGUAGAUAUUAGGACUUGAUUUUAGUGUCGCCAGUGUGCUCGAAUUCUUCCUUACUUUUUCAUUAGAAUUUUUCCUAAUGCAAUUGGUGUAAUUAGGAGUUUAGGAAUUAUGGAUGAUCUUCUUCUCUAUCUCAAGCAAAUUCGCUGAAUCUAUUAGCUUUACUAAGCAUGUUUUUGUUGGAGUCAAACUCGACUUAUUGGG